AAGAGGCAACCCUCAACUACAUUUUUCCUCCUACAAGUUUCCAUAUAUUAUACAUAUCUACAAGCACAAUCAAACUUUAGAUCUAAGCAACCCUAGCUAUCUUUCUUAUGUAUUUUUCCGUAUUGAUUUUUUAGAUUUCUCUCUCUCUCUCUCUCUCUCUCUCUCUCUCUCUCUCUCUAAAAUAAGAGCAGCAAAAGAGCAGAGAAUUAAAGAAUAUUCAUUCAUGCAUGCAAAGAACGAAAAAGUGAAAGAAGAAUUUAAUUCCUUCCCGACCCACACCAUCAGAAUUGGCAUGAAGGAAUUAUCUUAGCUUCUGAAGACACAACAGUUGUGGAAACAAAGAAAUAAAGUCAGAUACAGUCUGGAAUGGGCAUAAGUGGAAUUAAAACAAGGAAAUGACAAGGUGCAAUGAUCAUGGAGCCGACGACCAAACAAUAAUUGCUAAUCAAGGACGAAGAGAUCAUAACCUAAUCAGAACUUGUCCUUCGUGUGGUCAUCAGAUCAAAUGCACCCAAAACCAGGGUGGAAUUCAUGAUUUGCCAGGCUUACCUGCUGGGGUGAAGUUUGAUCCGACUGAUCAAGAGCUUCUGGAACAUUUGGAGGGGAAGGUACGGUCUGAUGCACACAAGCUUCACCCUCUUAUAGAUGAGUUCAUUCCUACAAUAGAAGGAGAGAAUGGAAUCUGCUACACUCAUCCAAAGAAGUUGCCAGGGGUUAGCAAAGAUGGGUUGGUUCGCCACUUCUUUCAUCGACCAUCCAAGGCAUACACAACAGGAACUAGAAAGAGGAGAAAGGUGCUUACAGAUGCCGAAGGUGGCGAGACCCGGUGGCACAAGACAGGCAAAACCAGGCCAGUAUUUUACAGUGGCAAAGUGAAAGGUUAUAAAAAGAUACUCGUGCUUUACACUAAUUAUGGAAAACAAAGAAAACCUGAGAAAACCAAUUGGGUAAUGCACCAGUACCACCUUGGAAACAAUGAAGAAGAGAAAGAUGGAGAGCUAGUGGUUUCCAAAGUUUUUUACCAAACACAGCCUAGACAAUGUGGCUCGGUUAUGAAAGACUUGCUCCCUCCAAAAUUGAAGGGACAAAGUGGGCAUGAGACACUUGUUCAUGAGUACUGUAAUCCUUCUUUCAUAUCCUUUGAUCAUGGCCCACAAAAUGGAGUAAGCAAUGCUCAAAUACUUCCUCAUUUUGCUGUCCAUGGCCACAAUGGUUCUUUUGUUUCUUAAAGGACUGCAAAAUUGAAGGUCAUUAAGGAGAAGAAGAUGGUGUGUAUAUAUAUAUAUAUAUACAUACAUACAUAUAUAAACAUACAUAUAUAUAGGCUUGCAAUAAAGGCAACGUGGGUAUAUAUUUUUAUGGUGGGCUUGACCACAAUGUUGGUUCCAAUAAUGGCGGUGACAAAGUUAUUUAGUAUGCUGAUUACUUUAUAAGGGGUGAGGAAGGGGAAAAGAAUAAGGAGAAAGAAAAAGGGGUAACUUUAGUUCGGUGAGAGCCAGAUUCUUCUGGGUAAGAAUUGAAGAUUUGGCUGUGACGUCUUUUUUCUUUUUUUCUCAAAGGGCGGUAUCUUGCAAUGCAUGCUUUGUACAGUCCUCUGUGAGGAAGCUGUAACUUUUAUAUGGUUCAUGACCUUUUAAUCUUGAAAGACUGUUAACCUGAAAGCUGUACAAAGAUAAUAUAUUAUAGCCUUGUAGUUUAUUA